AUGCGUUUCGCUGCUGCUGCUGCCCUCUUCGCCUCCGUUGCUCUCGCUGACUACAGCGCUGAGCCGGAGAGCACCGUCUACAGCACUGACUAUGUCACCAUCACCUCCUGCGGCCCGACUGUCACCAACUGCCCGGCCAAGUCCACCGUGACCAGCUCUACCAUCUACCCGGUCACCACCUCCACCAUCUACUCCACCACGGUCCGCACUGUCACCUCUUGCGCUCCCACCGUGACCAACUGCCCGGCUCACUCUACCACCGUGGUCACUGAGUCCGUCGCCGUCUCCACGACUGUGUGCCCCCUGACCAGCGUCAGCACCACCAAGUACUACAACACCACCGUGCCGGCUGUCACCUCCUACCCGGCCCCUGAGACUACCACCGGCUACCCCGUCGAGUCUGAGACCUCCACCCCCGCUGCCAUCACCAGCAGCGAGGCCCCGGCCUGCCCGACCUACUCUGUUAAGACCAUCUCUACCUCAGUCACCACUGUUGUGCCGACUGUCAUCUACGAGACCGUCGCUGUUCCUUGCCCCACCACAUAUGCUCCCAGCACUGGCUUCCCCAGCCCCUCUGGCAACGGAACCACUCCUUCCAGCACCCCUACUCCCUCGGCUCCCGUCACUGCUGGCGCUGCUACCAUGGGUGGCUCCGUCCUCCUGGCCGCUGCCGCCGGUCUGGUUGCCCUGAUGGCAUAA